UUGGAAAGCCUAACGGCUUUGGGGCGCGCUUCGCGCGCGGCUAGAACUUUUUGAUGCCUGGAAUAUAUUUAUUUAGCUCUGCCUUUUCAUUGCUUCGGGCCUCCGGCCCUCGCCGAUCUCUGUUCUGUCUCCCGGGAUGGGUUGAAGCUCGGGCCUUCGGCCCUCGCCUCGUCUUUCCCCGUUGGGACUCAUCCUUCCACUUAGAGUCACUUCGGGCCUUCGGCCCUCGUCUUCCCCCCGUUGGGACUCUUCCUUCCAUCUAG